UGGAAUCUCCCAGUCUGAACCGGUUUCAACCGGUUGUGACUAUGAGUUAGUUGCUUGAGAGAGGAGAGGAGGCGCAGGCACACAACCUCUAUACCGCCCAGCUGAAAAAUUAUCAGAGUAACGAAUUAAUUUGUGAAUUAAGGUUCGCUUUGUUUUGUAAAAUGUAUCGGAGUGUCAUAUUGCUGGGUUUGUUGAGAUAAUAGUUUUGGAAUCCACAUCAAUGCCUCUUACAAGCUAGGCAUCACUCGUGCUGGGGACAGUCAACGCCGCAGAAAUAGGAUUUUUUUCUAAUCAACUGUGAUACUGAAGUGGUCACUAAAUCUUCUAGCUUCUUUGGCAAACGCCACUUUUUUCCAGUCAGAACCUUGGACUUUAGAGCUCUAUGCCAGCAAUUAUGACAAUGUUAGCAGACCAUGCAGCACAGCAGCUGCUGGACUUCAACCAGAAACUGGAUAUCAACUUGCUGGAUAAUGUGGUGAACUGUCUAUAUCAUGGGGUGGGACCACAGCAACGGAUGGCUCAAGAGGUUUUGACACACUUAAAAGAGCACCCAGACGCCUGGACAAGAGUGGACACCAUCCUUGAGUUCUCCCAGAACAUGAACACCAAAUAUUAUGCCCUUCAAAUUCUGGAAACGGUUAUCAAAACCAGAUGGAAGAUUCUUCCCAGGAAUCAGUGUGAAGGUAUAAAAAAGUAUGUUGUUGGACUCAUUAUCAAGACAUCAUCAGACGCAUCUAAUGUGGAGAAAGAAAAGGUGUACAUUGGGAAGCUAAACAUGAUUCUUGUUCAGAUCCUGAAGCAGGAAUGGCCCAAACACUGGCCCACCUUCAUCAGUGACAUUGUGGGAGCAAGUCGUACCAGUGAGAGCCUCUGUCAGAACAACAUGGUCAUUCUUAAGCUGCUCAGUGAAGAGGUUUUUGAUUUUUCCAGUGGCCAAAUGACCCAGGUCAAAGCCAAGCACCUAAAAGACAGUAUGUGCAAUGAGUUCUCGCAGAUAUUUCAACUGUGCCAGUUUGUUAUGGAAAACUCCCAGAAUGCUCCACUGGUCCAUGCCACUCUGGAGACCCUUCUACGGUUUUUGAAUUGGAUUCCUCUGGGCUACAUCUUUGAAACGAAACUCAUCAGCACGUUGGUGUACAAGUUUUUGAACGUGCCUAUGUUCCGCAAUGUGACGCUGAAGUGCCUGACAGAGAUUGCCGGCGUCAGCGUCAGUCAGUAUGAGGAGCAGUUUGUCACCCUGUUCACGCUGACCAUGUGUCAGCUUAAACAGAUGCUGCCUCUGAACACGAACAUUCGACUGGCCUAUGCCAAUGGGAAGGACGAUGAGCAAAACUUCAUUCAGAACCUCAGUUUAUUCCUCUGCACCUUCCUUAAAGAGCAUGGACAGCUCAUUGAGAAGCGGCUUAACCUCAGAGAAACAUUAAUGGAGGCCCUCCACUACAUGUUGCUGGUGUCAGAGGUGGAGGAGACAGAGAUCUUUAAAAUUUGUCUUGAGUAUUGGAACCACUUGGCAGCUGAGCUCUACAGAGAGAGUCCUUUUUCUACAUCAACGUCCCCCCUGCUCUCAGGCAACCAGCACUUCGACGUACCGCCACGCAGGCAGCUCUACCUGCCCGUACUCUCCAAGGUGCGUCUACUAAUGGUAAGUCGAAUGGCCAAGCCAGAGGAGGUGCUGGUGGUGGAGAAUGACCAGGGGGAGGUAGUCAGAGAGUUCAUGAAGGACACUGAUUCCAUCAACCUCUACAAGAACAUGAGGGAAACUCUUGUGUACCUUACUCACUUGGAUUAUGCAGACACAGAACGCAUAAUGACAGAGAAGCUUCAUAACCAGGUGAAUGGUACUGAAUGGUCCUGGAAGAACCUUAACACCCUUUGUUGGGCCAUCGGAUCAAUCAGCGGUGCUAUGCAUGAGGAGGAUGAGAAGAGGUUUCUGGUCACUGUCAUCAAGGAUCUGCUGGGUCUGUGCGAGCAGAAGAGAGGAAAGGACAACAAGGCCAUCAUAGCCUCAAACAUCAUGUACAUUGUUGGCCAGUAUCCACGCUUCCUCCGAGCUCACUGGAAGUUUCUGAAAACAGUUGUUAACAAGCUUUUUGAGUUCAUGCAUGAGACUCAUGACGGUGUCCAGGACAUGGCCUGUGACACAUUCAUCAAGAUUGCCCAGAAGUGCAGACGCCACUUCAUCCAAGUGCAGGUGGGGGAGGUGAUGCCCUUCAUUGAUGAGAUCCUCAACAACAUCAACACAAUCAUCUGUGACCUCCAGCCACAACAGGUGCACACAUUUUAUGAGGCAGUAGGUUACAUGAUCGGGGCCCAGACAGACCAAGCGGUUCAGGAGCACCUGAUAGAGAAGUACAUGCUGCUGCCUAACCAAGUGUGGGACAGCAUCAUCCAACAGGCCACCAAGAAUGUGGACAUCUUGAAGGACCCAGAGACAGUGAAACAGCUGGGCAGCAUCCUGAAGACCAAUGUCCGAGCCUGUAAGGCUGUGGGACACCCCUUUGUCAUCCAACUCGGACGGAUUUACCUUGACAUGCUCAAUGUCUACAAGUGCCUCAGUGAGAACAUCUCUGCUGCCAUUCAGACAAAUGGUGAGAUGGUGACAAAGCAGCCCCUGAUCCGGAGUAUGAGGACAGUCAAACGAGAGACGUUGAAGCUGAUCUCAGGCUGGGUUAGCCGAUCGAACGACCCACAGAUGGUUGGGGAAAACUUUGUUCCACCGCUGCUGGAUGCCGUCCUUAUUGACUACCAGCGCAAUGUCCCAGCUGCCCGUGAACCAGAGGUCCUCAGCACCAUGGCAACCAUUGUCAACAAGCUUGGGGGACACAUCACCAGCGAAAUACCCCAGAUCUUUGAUGCCGUCUUUGAGUGUACCCUAAACAUGAUCAACAAGAACUUUGAGGAGUAUCCAGAGCACAGGACCCACUUCUUCUACCUGCUCCAAGCUGUGAACUCUCACUGCUUCCCUGCUUUCCUCGCCAUCCCUCCUGCCCAGUUCAAACUAGUGCUAGACUCAAUCAUCUGGGCCUUUAAACACACCAUGAGGAAUGUGGCCGAUACUGGUCUGCAGAUCCUGUACACGAUGCUGCAGAACGUUGCCCAGGAGGAAGCAGCGGCACAGAGUUUCUACCAGACAUAUUUCUGUGACAUCCUGCAGCACAUUUUCUCUGUUGUCACCGACACGUCACACACUGCAGGUCUGACAAUGCACGCGUCCAUCCUGGCCUACAUGUUUAACCUGGUAGAGGAGGGGAAGAUCACCACAGCGCUGAACCCUGCCACCCCCACAAACAACCAGGUGUUCAUCCAGGAGUAUGUGGCCAACCUGCUUAAGACUGCCUUCCCCCACCUACAAGAUGCUCAGGUAAAGGUGUUUGUGACUGGGCUGUUCAGCCUAAACCAGGACAUUCCUGCAUUCAAGGAGCACCUUAGGGACUUCCUCGUCCAGAUAAAGGAGUUUGCAGGUGAGGACACCUCAGAUCUGUUCCUGGAGGAGAGGGAGGCCUCGCUCCGUCAGGCCCAGGAGGAGAAACACAAGAUCCAGAUGUCUGUCCCCGGCAUUCUCAACCCCCACGAGAUCCCAGAGGAGAUGUGCGACUGAGAAGUAUCUCCACAAAAACUGUACAGUGUUCUACACAACAAACAAACGAUUAAACACCUAACCACAACAAAACCCAAAUGAGGCACUCAAGCGGGGUGGGGGGCUGCCCUCUCAGAGGGCAGAGCUUGCCUUCCCAUUGGAUGUUUGGUGACCAAAAUGAUGCCAAUAAUAUGUAAAUGACAAAUGCGUCACCCUGUGGCCCUUUUUACAUAAUCUGCAUUUUCUAGAGAGUUUUCGUGUAAUAUUGUUCCAGAAAUGUUCCUCAGAGGUUUGUUCUGUUGGUCUGUGGUUUAUCCCAAGACCUGCAUUAUGAGGUUGAAUCAAUUAGGACAAAUUAAACAUGUUUGCUAGGUUUCCUUCACCUUCAGCACUUCGGUUGAAGGUGCGUGUGAGCAUCCAUCCAUUCAUAUAUAUAUAUAUACACAUAUACACACGUGCCCACAGAGUUGUGGGAGAAUGUGAAUCUAAUGGGUAAUGAAUGAAGGCUGAGAGAUGCUGCUGAAUGUGUCGGCAUCAGUAGCAUGUGAGAUAUUCUUCACCCAAAAGAGAAGGCAAAAAGUGUGGCUGCUCUCUGCAGUUUUUCUUUUUGUUGUACGGAGAACAAAACAAAAUUUGUGCAUAUCAUCCCAUUUGUAUAGCAUCUUUAUUACCAUGGGAACAUUUUUUCCUUUUAAUCUAUAGUUUGUUUUUGUUGCGGGUGUGCGUGUGUGUGUGUGUGUGGGCUGUCGCCUAGUCGACAUCAGCGUUUUGUUUUCCUCUAAGAGGAUUGUUGCUCAUUUGUGAGCCUUCAUUAAUGGGAUGUUUUAGGAAGAGGCGGUGGUUAUUUAUGGGUUUUCAGUUGGUUGCAUCUUUAUAACAACUCCUGUUUAACUCAGAUGGGUUUCAAAAUUUUGAAUUGUACUAAUUUAGAUUGUUUACCAUGCAGUAGUGCUUCAAGACACUACCUAUAGAGCAAAAUGAAAAAUAAACUGGGUUUACAUUUUAUUUUGUAUUUUUGCAUUUUUUUUUUGUUUGUACGUGUUUGAGUUUUGUUCAAAUACUCAAAGCUUUUGUCCAGAAAGCAAAUUAUUUACCAACGAGUUGAAUUAGGAAGGAAUGUAUAAAUCCAAACACGCACCUGAUCUCUAAUGGCAAAAUUCCCUUUUCAAGGUGUUCCAUUUGUUGUGAAUUUUUUGAUCUGAUUAAAGUUGAGAAUUUUAUAA